AUGACUACUGUGGAUUUAGUUGUGCCUAAGAGAAAGAAGAAGAGAAAACCUAAGUCCAAAGCCAAGCACGGAAAGGGCAAGCCUACCGGUUUUGAGGAGUACUAUGUCGAUGCACCCAUAACUCCAAAGGAGUAUGAGGAAGAGAAAGCCCUCUAUGAUAUCCGUAUCGAGGCCGCCAUCCUGCGAUACCAGAACAAUCGUCGCAUGGAACCUGACAGGCGUGAAGCCUUUAUGAGGUAUCUGGUAUAUGGAGGUGUCGAUGUCGGUCCUAAGAUGUUCACCGGAGUGGAUGAGCAAGAGCUCCAACAACUUGAUAGUGAGCAAGCUCUUAUCGCUAAAGGGCAGACAAACAUCCGUCAGGAGUGUACGAAGCUUAUAGUCGACUUCAAUGCUGUUGUGAAGGGGUACCUGACUUCGUACUUCCCAUACUUCUUCAAUCCCGAAACCGAGGAGAUGGUGAAGCUAGCCACUAUCACGAUCCGAAAUUUCCUCUCUUAUCUGCUCUACCAUGAGGUGUGCCCCGAGUACAGAGUAAAUAUUGAUGAGGCGCGCAGGUCGUGUGACAUCGCAACCAAAGAACUGUGGCAGAAUCAGGAGUUCACAACUUCCAGCCCCGGGGAUUUCAAUAAGGCCUGCUCUACUCUCUUCGGUGGCUUCUUCUACGAUGUGAAUGUCGAGGGAAAUAGUUGGAAUAACCGAAAUAACGGAAACUUCCUUAUGAAGAACGACGUCGCGCGUAAAGUGGUCAAGUUCGCGAUAGCUGGUUCAGGAACAAAUGCCAUGGCCCUUAAAUUCCAGACGUUGGCUAACCAGAAUGCUUUGCAUUCAACGCUUGUGCCGGAUAUUCACGGCUUCGAGGUGAUUUCGGUCUUCCCUCCCUCGUCAGAAGUUUGUGAAUUCUACAGACACCACGCACCUGACCUGAACCCUGUUGGGCGAAUGGUCGGGAAAGCGUUCCGUGAUCCUGGAAAGCCUCGCUAUGAUCUAAGUGCGGAGGAACGAUUGAUGUGGGAAACUGGGACUGCAUCGGUACCUGAUUUCCAAUUUUUCCUGGAAGAAAGUCUGCUCAAGCUCUGUUACCUCAAGAUGAAAGUGAUCACUCCUGUGUGGGAACUCAACUGCGGAUUGAACUUCUUUGAAGACGUUCACGCUGUUUACAGCUCGAUCUACACCGUUCUCUGUAACGAUCUUAUGCUGGGCUAUAAGCAGUCGGUUGACUUGACCAGAGAAGAACAGGAUGAUCUUGAGGAGAUCGAGGAGCCAAACGGUGAUGAGGCGGGGAAGGAAGAGACGACGCUGUAA